GCGAUGACGGGGCGGGGCGAGGGCAGCCGCGCCUCGGGCAUCACCUAGCCCGCCCAGGACCCCGCCCCACCAACGCCGGGACAGUCGGCCCAAUAUGUCAAGACCUUUGAUCACCAGAUCCCCUGCAUCUCCACUGAACAAUCAAGGCAUCCCCACUCCAGCCCAGCUCACCAAAUCCAAUGCUCCGGUCCACAUCGACGUGGGUGGACACAUGUACACCAGCAGCUUGGCCACUCUGACCAAAUACCCGGAAUCAAGAAUUGGAAGACUUUUUGAUGGCACAGAGCCUAUUGUUUUGGACAGUCUCAAACAACAUUAUUUCAUUGACAGAGAUGGGCAGAUGUUCAGAUACAUCUUGAAUUUCCUCCGAACAUCAAAACUCCUCAUUCCCGACGAUUUCAAGGACUAUACCUUGUUGUAUGAAGAGGCCAAGUACUUUCAGCUUCAGCCCAUGCUGAUGGAGAUGGAAAGAUGGCUGCAGGAGCGGGAGUCCGGCCGCUAUUCUCGGCCCUGCGAGUGCCUGGUGGUCCGGGUGGCCCCUGACCUCGGCGAGAGGAUCACGCUGAGCGGCGACAAGUCCUUGAUAGAGGAGGUUUUCCCGGAGAUUGGUGACGUCAUGUGCAACUCGGUCAACGCGGGCUGGAAUCACGACUCGACGCACGUCAUCCGCUUUCCCCUCAACGGAUAUUGUCACCUCAACUCAGUUCAGGUCCUCGAGAGGUUGCAGCAGAGAGGAUUUGAGAUCGUGGGCUCCUGCGGAGGAGGUGUGGACUCUUCCCAAUUCAGCGAAUACGUCUUGAGGCGAGAACUCAGAAGGACAUCUCGGGGACCCUCCGUCAUUCGAAUAAAGCAGGAGCCUCUGGACUAGACGGACUCGUUUCUUAUGCAAAGACCACCGCCGCCACCACCACCACCAAUCCCCUGCCCACUCUCCCCCCUCCAAAAAAACGGGAUCAGUCCUGCAUGGUCGGGACGCCCAACCAAGUCCGGAGACACAUUGCUAUCCGUUAGAGACCGCAUCUGUAUUCCCAGGGGAACAAUUGGAGUUGUAAUAACCUCAAGGUGUAAAAAAAAUAUAUAAAUAUAUAUAUAAAUAUAUAUAUAUGUAAAGUCAAAAGGUAGGAAAUGCAAAAAAAAACCAACAAAAGAAACAAGUGGUAGCUACAGUUGGUGCUGAGGGCCAGAUGUGUCCUGGGCUUCCUGAGGUCACAUACCAAUAAACCAAGCCAUGACCAAUGAGGACACAGUCUCCUUGACAUUCUCCAUUACCAGUCAGCCAUACACUCACGUUUUUACACCUUGAAUCAAGUUUCUUUGCCUAAGGAAGUUGGUGUGUCUUAAAGGAGACAGGGCAGGACUUCAGAAAAAAGAAAAGAAAAAGACAAAAAAACCCCACCACCCAUCCACGAGCACAUUGCAUUUGGAAGCGGUCGGGCAGAAAUUUUAAAACGUAGUUUGUACAGAAGUCACAUUUUCGUCUGCCUCACAGAUAUGAACGUUACUUUGUUUUUAAAUGGAUCGGUUUUGCAAAGGGGCCAGAAUUAUUACUUGUUAGAGUUGCUCUGGUUUGAAUCUGCUGCUUUCCUACAAUUUUUCAAAUUUUAUAAUGUAUUAAAUACAAUAAACUCUGUUUAAAAUAAA